GCUCUGAGGAACUUCAAUUAAAUAAUAACGAUUACAUUCAAUUAUCAUUCAUUCGUAUACGACACGCGUCUUAUCUUACAGCGGAAUAAUUUCAGAAGUUAUUUUUUUUUUAAAUAACAAGUAGAUGCUGAAAUGUCUCUCCCGCCCCGAGAUUUCAAACUUUCGCGACAGAAAAUAGGAUCGCGAUUCCCCGGUCGAUACGCGUUUCGGAAGGCAGCGCGGCGGCGCCACCUAACUGUGGGUUCGCGCAGGUUCGCGGAUUCCGAGAACGCAUCACGCUUGACGUCUCAAGUCUCAACGUGACGUCAGUCGUUGAUCGGCACGCCAACGGCAUUCGACGGUGCACCACAGUGUACGGUAACGCGGAUCGCGAAGACUCGCGACUACGAAACGCGGUGCGUCACGACGAUCUGGUCGAACCGCGGCGCAUGGAAGCGACGUCGUAAACGCGGGAAGACGCAAACGUGGAGUCUCGAUGGACGUGAAGAUGAUCGCGUGAAGAAUCCCGGAGGUUCGGCAAAGUGAUCCGGACGCGCCGCCCCGUUGACGCGCGCGCGCGGAGAACAGGGGGCAGGCGAGGAAGAGGAGGGAGUACGGAGCACUCAGCACGAUCCUCCGUCCCGUGUACGACGCCAUCUUCGCAUUGUGCGGUCGCCGUCGCGGACGCCGUCAGGUUGACGGCACUGGCGCGAUUGAUCGCGCGCAUACGUCGUACGUUGCUGUCUUGUGCUCCGUAUACGCGCGUGCGUGUUACGCACGCGCGCACACACACAUACACGCGUGUUUUUAUCCGGAAUACGUGUGUAUCACGUUGGUGGAUCUGUCUCCCACGGACGGACGGACGGACGGACGGGAGUGAGUCCCUGGCUACACUACGCGAAUGUAAACAGAGAGUUCUCCGUCACGCCGGAUAUCAUGUGCGACACGGACGAGAUCGGCGGCGCGGCCGCGGAGCUCGCGCCGUGAACCGUCCGCUCUGAGCUGAGCGAAGUGAAGUUGUAAGUUGUAAGCACGCGCGUGUUGGUGUGCGCGUUCCUCGACCCGGGUCGGUCGCUAUACAGAGUGGUGUGCGUGCGGGAUUAGCGUGAAGUGGGAACGGCAGGCCGACCGUCGGCGACCGUCGCUCCGGGCUCGCCCCGUUGCGUGUACACGGCGUCUCUCUUUCUCUCUUUCUCCUUCCCGUCUUCCUUCUCCCGAGUCUUUCUCUCUCUCUCUUUCUCUCUCGUUCGCUCGCUUCGUCACACCGUUUCUCUCCCUCUCGCACGCCUGGUCGCCUAGGAUAUUCCCGAUACCUGAGACGGGUUCGCGUGUGCGCGAACCGCGUACGGUUCUACGUUGGCUCCGUUGCAAUGAGAGACCUCGACAGGAAACUCGCGGACGGAGCUGUAUCCAGGUGACGGAAGUGCAAAAUGCCUUCAAUCGAUACCCGAUCGAUAAGAGUGCCUGGAGAAAUGGAUCGAUAUUUAUCUCACAGACGAGACGCUACGUCGAGACAUGCUGGAUGCCGAUCUAUGCUGGAUAUGUCUAAUACAUUGAAGUCGUCCCCCGUCGCUUGUCACAGUUUUGCAACAUGCUGCGACGUAUUUAAUGCCUCUAAUGACGUCCUGUUUAAAAAGGAUCCCGUCACAACGUUAGAAAACGAGCCCAAUAGUGCGGCUCACCUGUCACAAGACACUUCAUUAUCUUACAAUGCCCGUUCAACUGAUCUGUACUUGACGCAAAAAGAAUUUGCUUGUCCCGCUGCCCCUUGUAAUCAUAGACGUGAUACAAGUAUAAUGAAUCACCAAAAUCGUCAUAGUUCUACGCAAAAGAGGGACACGAUGAGAUAUUCUCAUACAGUGGAUGCUCUAUCGAUAACGAGAUACAUUCUCGUAUUCAUCAAUCAAAUGUUAGGAUUAAUAAUCACCAAUUGGAUAACGAAUUCUUCAUGGAGGAGAUGGCGAACCUAUUUUACUUUCUUAAUUUGCCUACUUUGUGUGAUGCAGUGUUCAGCUCGCACUUGCUCAGUUGGAUUAAGUACACCGGGAUGGACCUGGCCACAAGGUGAUAUUGUUAUUCAACAUGGUAAACCACUUCAAAUGUUCUGUUUGUUGAAUCAGACGAUCAUGGAACUUGACUAUCCUAAUAAAGAUGCGGGAGAUCUUCGAUUCUUCCGUAAUGAUCAAGAAUUAGAGUCGGAAUUUGUUACGGUAAUUAAUGAAACUACGAUAGAGCUAUCCAUCAAAACGCCACCGCCCUCCGACGACAUGUACAAUUGCAAGUUACGAAUGAAAGACAACGACUAUAUAGCAGUUUGUCUCAAUAAAGUUGUAGUUGGAUAUCCACCUCAAAAACCCAAACAUUUUGAUUGUGUCUCCUAUAAUUGGGAAAGCUUUAAUUGCACAUGGGAGCCAGAACACAAUUUCGUCAGUACAAAGUACGAUUUAAUGUUUCAAUUACCUGGAAGAUUAGGAGCAAUGUAUUAUUGUCCGCUUCCGACGACGACAGAGAAUUCAUGCACGUGGGAUAUAUAUUCCGAUCCAAUAUAUAGGCAACCAUAUGCAUUUUAUAUUUUCAUACUGAAAGUAUCUAAUCCUUUUGGGGAACUCAAUUUUACAUAUCGUGUUCAACAUUAUCCUAAUGUUAUUCCGGCUAAACCUUACAACCUUACCUUAAUAAACAAAACAUCGGAAAGUGCACUGUUGCAUUGGGAACUUCCCUUCCCGAUGGCAACAUUUCCAGUUGGUGUUCAUCACAAAAUUAUGUAUCAACAUCAAUGGGAUCAUGAAAAAGAUUGGAAGGUUAUCAAUAUUACGCAUCCUAAGAAUAGAGAGCAGUGGCUUUACAAUCUUACCGGAUUAGAAUACGCUAAUACAGUAUAUGAUGUUCGUAUUUAUUUAAAAAGCUCGACAGCUGUAAGACCGGAUAGAUGGAGUGAAUUUAGUGUUGUUACAUUCAGGACGUCACCAAAAUUGCCUAGUGCUGCACCGCGAACUGAUAUCGGUAGCUUUGAAAUUGCUGAAAAUAAUGGAAACAGAGACGUAUACUUGUACUGGCAAGCGAUACCGCAAAAUCAAGAAAACGGCGAUAAUUUUAAGUAUCAAAUCAUCCACGUGGAGGAAAAUGGCCAGAAAGUUGCACUUACACCAAGUGAAACGACUAGGACAUAUGCCAAAUUGAAGGGAAUCGCCCUCAAUAGUUAUCUAUUCGAGAUCAUCUCAACGAACGAGGUCGGAGCUAACAACAGUCGUGCGAGAAUAUACGUACCAAAUCAGAAAGAAAUUCCACAUGAACCAAUAGCGUUCACGAAAAUCGCUUUUGAAAAUGGAUUGUAUGAAUUAUCUUGGAAGCCACCAUUCGAAGAUCGUAACAUCAAGAAUUACACAAUCUUUUGGUGCGACAACGAGCGUGAUCGUCCUUAUCAGUGUACCGGUUAUUUGGACUGGGUACAUGUUCCUAAAAAUACUAUGAUCUACAACAUAACUGUACCGAAUCCGUCCAAGGUAUAUCAAUUUGCAAUCUCCGUCAAUACUGAGAGAGGUAGCAGCGGCAUGAUAUGGUCAUCAUGCACGGUAAUUCAUAACAAGGUGCUUGGCAAAAUGAAGUCUGUUUGGAUUAAUCGCAUUGGAUCGCAUUUUAUCGAAGUCGGUUGGAAGCUUGAUUGCUCGGAUCGCAUCGGGAUAAUUGAAGGAUUCAACAUCUAUUACUGUCCCAUAGUAUCACCAAUGAAUGUCAACUGUAACGGUCCUAUGUUUAAUAGUACCAUUAAGGCGGACGCACAUACGAUACAUGGUGUUGUCGAUAAUCUGGGUGAGGGUCUACGUAGUGAUCCCUUGUAUAAUACCACGCUGGAAGCUGCGCCCAGCACACCACCGUUAAAUGUUAGGAUCACUGACUUGUCUAACACGACGAUGUUUGUCGCAUGGAAAAAGCCGUCGGCGAUGAACGGUGUGCUCAGAUAUUAUGAAGUCUACUACAAUGAUCAAGUCAUUAGAGUGGAUGAUAAAGAUCACAUUAAACUGACGGGUUUGAAGCCGUACACAAGAUAUUUUAUUAGAGUCUCCGCUUGUACCGUCCAGUGCAGUGAAAAGUCAUCGAUAAUAAAUGAGUCCACAAAAAUCGGCGUGCCUGGCAAAAUCAAUAUUCCUUUAGUACGCUUUGUAAACUCCAGUCAAGUGAUCAUUCAAUGGGAGCCACCGCAAGAACCAGCUGGUCCAUUAGAGCACAUGUAUUACGAAAUAGAAUACGGAAAUGGCAUGAUCCAGAAUGUCACGAGAACAGAAGUGCAAUUGCCCAUUCCCGACUGCAAAAACGUCGAGCAUCGAGAGCAGAAGCACAAGUUCCGGGUUAGAGCUGUUAACACCAAUCUUAACGGCGACCUUUUGAAAGGAUUCUGGUCCGAUUUUGGGGAGGGAAAUUGUUAUAAUAAUGGUUUAUCGUCCGUUGCACUGGUUAUUAUAUGGAUAGUUGGCGUCGUUAGUUUCGUAGCAUGCAUCGUGUGCUUCGUGUACAUGUUUAAGAGAAUGUGGAUCAAAUGUCGAGCUAUGCGAGAUGUCGAAGUAAAAUUACCACCUGGACUUGCACCGCCAGAUGCUCCAGAUACGCAACCGCUUAAGAAAAGUGAACCACACAUAAGGCAGCCGUCCGCCGAUUCGAGCGGUUGUUCGAGUGGCCAAGAGUCCGUUACGUCAUCACUUACGGCGGAAUCUCAGGUUUGCAGUGAUAGUGGCACUGAGGUGGAUGCAAUGCAUACGCCGUCCGACAAACUGAAGAGUCAGCCUGUCCGUGAAUUGACACUGCGACAAAGAAGUACUACACGUGUACCGGCCUCGUUAUUAUCAGAUGUCACGCCCUGCUGGGAAUCAUAUGUCAAAGUUGGCAAUUCUGGUGAGCCGACUUCUGAAGAGACUAUAUCGUUAGCGCGGUCCACGCCUAAUUUAACAGAUAACACGAUGUCGAAGAGUUACUCGCCUUCGCAACACGCUUGGUCUAGCGCAAACUAUAUUAGCAUGCCGUCCUCUUCGGAGAUGUUAUUAAGUAAUCCGAGCCUUAUACCACGGAAGAACACCAACAGUGACGAUGACGACAGCAGCAAAGACAGUGACGACAACAAUGACGGUAAUCAUGGCAGUGAUAGCAACAAUGAUAGCGGCGACGACAGUGGUGAUGCUUUGAUAUCGAUCAAAUUUGAAGAUGAAUUUGAAAAGGAGAAGCAGAAACAAACUAUCGACGAACUGGACAAAAUGCGAUCGAUCAUCGAGUUGAACAAGAAGCUUUUGGCAUCUCACAUUAAUCCCGAGAAGACGACGAUGGCGACACCAUACGUUCAAGCAGGAUUAAUAGACGAAAUACCUGAAUCGCCUUCUAGUAUACCUAAACAUAUACAAGCGAGGAACAGUAAUUUGAUGUGUGGCACCUUCAAAGUCAAAGAUAAUCAGAAUUUGUGUAAAAAAGAGUAUAUGUCAUUUCCGCCGACCUUCCCCGCCAAUACCGGUUUGACUUUAGCGAGUCCAAAAUAUAUCUUUGCAUCGAUAAUUCCUGAAGGGAUGAUAAUUCCUGAGCGGAUGCCGGUUAUAGAAGCGGAUCAAGAAUCUUUACAGCAAAAAACGUUCCACGAUCCGCACAAUUCUACAACGAGUGGAACUUCGUACAAUCUUACGACCUCCGCGCACGAAACACAACCGCAGGAGCAACAAGAGAAAACGGAACCACUCGCGAACGUGACGGAGGAUGAUGAAGGUAACAACAAAGACAACACUGUGUAUCCCACUUCGUCUUGGCCAACGACAGAGGGAAAAGACUUGAACUCUAGUUAUAUCACUAUCGCGAAUUUGUCACCUCCCUCAGCAGGACCGUCGUAUGUGCGACUCGAGAAGAUGCCACCGUCACUGCCGCAGGCAGCAACAAGUCAGUCGGACGAACAGUACGCAGAGGUGACGGUUGUGCCAAGUACAGUUCAGUGAGGUGAGGAGAGAGAUGCACCAUCAUCUCGUUUUUCUCCUAUUUUUCGCGAUGGUGUUCAUUGCCAUCUUCGUAGACGGACAAAGUAAGUGCUACACUGUAAGAUUGUGGUAUAUACAGCGGUGCAUGCAAGAAACUGAGAUGUUAUACGUUUGAAUGUAAUUGCGACACUUACACGCGAAUCGAACUGAGCAGCGAUCUUUUACAACCUGGAGAAAGGGGGGAAUGAAGUUCGCUUAUUAAAAUA